AUCAGGACCAUGUCUGUGGGAAUGACGAAGUUCUGCAGAAGCUUUCUCCCUCUAACAUGGCAUCAGAUUGCGUGAUCAAGUGGCAUCAUUCAAUUGUCUUGCGAAUUGUCGGGUGUUACGGUGCGACGAAGCAUGGGCAUCUAAGCCGUAUAUUAUGGUACCCCCUAAUCAGUUAAUCAACUGACAUCAUCUCCAUUCCCUUCGCUCGGACAAUCAUGGCUGAUCUCAACAGGCAACUUCAGUUCGAGACGCUCCAGCUUCAUGCUGGUCAGACUCCAGAUCCUACUACGAAAGCCAGAGCAGUGCCCAUCUAUGCUUCUACGAGCUUCGUGUUCAACGACUCUGCGCACGGUGCAGAGCUCUUUGAAUUGAAGACGUUCGGCCACAUCUACUCCCGUAUUGGCAAUCCCACAGUGGACGUCUUUGAGAACCGUAUGGCAGCACUAGAAGGAGGGGUGGCUGCUAUUGCAACUUCCUCUGGGCAGUCGGCACAAUUCCUGGCUGUUUCUACAAUCGCAAGUGCUGGUGAUAACAUCGUCUCUACUUCAUAUCUGUAUGGGGGGACCUAUAACCAAUUCAAAGUCACCUUUAAGAAGUUCGGAAUAGGUGUCAAGUUCGUGCAGGGCGACGACCCAGCCGACUUUGAAGCAGCUAUCGAUGAGAAGACAAAGGCGAUCUUCGUCGAGAGUAUAGGCAACCCGAAAUAUAAUGUUGCCCCGAUACCUGACUUGGCCAAGGUUGCACAUAAAAACGGCAUACCUUUGAUCGUUGAUAAUACUUUUGGAAUGGGCGGCUACCUCAUUCGGCCCAUUUCGUUAGGAGCAGACAUUGUCGUACAUAGUGCAACGAAGUGGAUCGGUGGCCAUGGCACGACGAUCGCAGGUGUUAUUAUCGACUCGGGCAAGUUCGACUGGACUCGCAGUGGCAAAUUCCCAUCGUUCACUGAACCGUCGGAGGGCUAUCACGGUCUUGUUUUCAGUGAAACUUUCGGGUCGUCUGCGUUCGCCGUAAAGUUGCGAGUUGAACUCCUCCGCGACCUUGGCCCCGCACUCAACCCCUUCGGUGCUUUCCUCCUAAUCCAAGGCCUUGAGACUCUGAGUUUGCGGGCGCAGAGACACUCGGAUAAUGCCUUGGUUUUGGCUACUUGGCUGUCAAAUCACCCUAAGGUUUCUUGGGUCUCGUAUCCAGGUCUCCCGAGUCACGAGUACCAUGAACGUGCCAAGGAACUCUUAAGGCCUAACGCUUUCGGUGGUGUGUUGAGCUUCGGUGUUCAGGGCGACAUCGGCGUGGCCAGUCAACUUGUUGACAACCUCCGUCUUGCCAGUAACCUUGCCAACGUUGGUGACGCCAAAACACUCGUCAUCCAUCCUGCCACAACUACGCACCAGCAGUUGACGAAUGAUGAGCGAUUGGCCUCUGGCGUGACCCCCGAUCUGAUCCGGGUAUCUGUCGGAAUUGAACACAUCGACGAUAUCAUUACGGAUUUUGAACAAGCAUUUAAGAGUGUCCCUUGAAGGAAAGCAUUCGUGUUCCAAGUACUGAAUAUCUCCGUGUUUUAUUUAAAGAAAAACUCAGUCACGAUGUCAGUCUAAAUGUUCCAAACGUCCAACAAUAUACGCGGCGGAGAUGGACGAUAACCUUAACUUGUCAUAUUGCCACACAAUCCGCAUAUGUGAAAUUUCCGCCGACCCACCGGCUAUAUACUCGCUCGGCCCGUUAUCAAGCAGAGGAGGAUUGCUUCUGCAUCCUGGAAUAACUGGAGGCUCGAAAACUGUAUUUUGAUAUGUGGUCACGAGUGUCGACUUGUGCACAUGGUUCAGUGAAUUAUAUAAUUGGCGUGUGAUUUCUG